CAAACCGCUCCAUCGUUUUCUCCUUCUCAUCUCUCUCUCUCUCUCUCUUUCUCUGAAAACACUUCUUUUCCCCCUUUUUUUUUUUUAAAAAUCUCCUUUUCCUUAUAAUACUCUCGCACUAUAUCAGUGCGCGGGUCCAGUGAGAAGCUGUACCGCGAGUUCUCAAUUUUCAUUAUAUUUUGACAAAGAAAAGAAAAAAAUUGCAAAAGAACACGAGAAAGGAUGAACGACAUGGAGGCCUAUGGGGACGGAUACAUGGAGCCCGAGGAAGAGUGGGAAAGGGAGGGUCUCCUGGACCCGGCCUGGGAGAAACAGCAAAAAAAAACAUUCACAGCAUGGUGCAAUUCACAUCUCCGGAAAGCAGGAACUGCGAUCGAAUCGAUCGAAGACGACUUCAGGAAUGGAUUGAAGUUGAUGCUCCUACUUGAGGUGAUCUCUGGUGAAACCCUUCCAAGACCCGACCGUGGAAAAAUGCGCUUCCAUAAAAUUGCCAAUGUAAACAAAGCCUUAGACUAUAUUGCCAGCAAGGGCGUGAAGCUCGUCUCUAUUGGAGCAGAAGAAAUCGUUGACGGUAACUUGAAGAUGACACUCGGAAUGAUUUGGACGAUAAUUCUGAGGUUCGCCAUUCAGGAUAUCUCCGUGGAGGAAAUGACUGCGAAAGAGGGUCUUCUUCUUUGGUGUCAACGCAAAACUGCCCCCUACAAGAAUGUCAAUGUGCAAAACUUCCAUCUCUCAUUCAAGGACGGUCUCGCCUUUUGCGCUCUCAUUCAUCGUCAUCGUCCCGAUCUCAUCGACUACAAUAAACUCAGCAAAGACAAUCCUCUUGAAAAUUUGAAUACCGCCUUUGACGUUGCCGAAAAAUACCUCGAUAUCCCCAGAAUGUUGGAUCCCGAUGACAUGCGAAACACAGCAAUGCCUGAUGAACGGGCUGUGAUGACCUAUGUAUCCUCGUAUUAUCAUUGCUUCAGUGGUGCCCAAAAGGCCGAGACAGCAGCCAACAGAAUUUGCAAAGUUCUGAAGGUGAACCAGGAAAACGAACGAUUGAUGGAAGAGUACGAGCGACUUGCCUCCGACCUCUUGGAGUGGAUCAGAAGGACAAUGCCCUGGCUCGCAAGUCGACAAACGGACAAUUCGCUCGCUGGGUGUCAGAAGAAGCUGGAGGAGUACAGAACUUACAGACGCAAACAUAAACCACCACGCGUCGAGCAGAAGGCAAAACUCGAGACGAAUUUCAACACUCUUCAAACGAAACUCAGGCUAAGUAAUCGGCCCGCUUACAUGCCGACCGAAGGGAAAAUGGUCUCCGACAUCAAUAAGGCCUGGAAAGGUUUGGAACUGGCCGAAAAGGCGUUUGAGGAAUGGCUCCUGUCCGAGAUGAUGCGCCUGGAACGACUGGAACAUUUGGCGCAAAAGUUCAAGCAUAAAGCUGAUGCCCACGAGGACUGGACCGCUGGCAAAGAGGAAAUGCUGACGUCCCAACACUUCCGCCAGUGCAAACUUAACGAACUCAAAGCUCUUAAAAAGAAGCACGAGGCAUUCGAAAGUGAUCUCGCUGCUCAUCAAGAUCGUGUUGAGCAAAUUGCUGCCAUCGCUCAGGAACUUAACACACUGGAAUAUCACGACAGUGCUUCCGUAAACGCCAGAUGUCAACGAAUCUGCGAUCAGUGGGAUCGUCUCGGAACCCUCACCCAACGCAGACGUCAAGCACUCGACGAAGCUGAACGCAUUCUGGAGAAAAUUGACAUUCUGCAUUUGGAGUUUGCUAAACGGGCUGCGCCGUUUAACAAUUGGUUGGAUGGAACCAGGGAAGAUCUCGUUGACAUGUUUAUUGUCCACACUAUGGAGGAAAUUCAGGGCCUAAUGGACGCUCACGCCGCCUUCAAAGCAACCCUCGGUGAAGCUGACAAAGAAUACAAUUCAAUCGUUGGCCUAGUUCGCGAAGUGGAAUCAAUAGUCAAACAAUUUCAGAUUCCUGGAGGUCUUGAGAAUCCGUACACGACACUUACUGCUCUCGAUCUUACUAAAAAAUGGAGUGACGUCAGGCAAUUGGUACCGCAACGUGACGGAACACUGGCUGCAGAACUUCGCAAGCAACAGAAUAAUGAGUUGUUGCGCAGACAGUUUGCAGAGAAAGCCAACGCCGUUGGUCCUUGGAUAGAGCGUCAAUUGGACGCCGUGUCUGCCAUCGGACUGGGACUUCAGGGCACUCUUGAGGAUCAACUUCUCCGACUCAAGGAAUACGAGCAAGCCGUCUAUCAAUACAAGGCUCAUCUCGAGGAGCUGGAGAAGAUUCACCAGGCCGUCCAAGAGGGAAUGAUCUUCGAAAACAGAUACACACAAUACACAAUGGAAACCCUCCGCGUCGGUUGGGAACAACUUCUCACUUCCAUCAAUCGUAAUAUUAAUGAAGUCGAAAACCAGAUUCUUACCCGAGACUCGAAGGGAAUAACGCAAGAGCAACUAAACGAAUUCCGAAGCAGUUUCAAUCACUUUGACAAGAACAGAACUGGAAGAUUGGCACCUGAGGAGUUCAAAUCCUGCCUCGUAUCGUUGGGAUACUCGAUCGGAAAAGACAGACAAGGAGACAUUGACUUCCAGCGAAUCCUCGCUAUUGUUGAUCCCAAUAAUUCUGGCUACGUUCAGUUCGACGCCUUCUUAGAUUUUAUGACCCGCGAAUCCACAGACACGGACACUGCUGAACAAGUCAUAGACAGCUUUCGCAUUCUCGCUGGAGACAAGCCUUACAUUCUAGCGGAUGAACUUAGACGAGAAUUGCCACCAGAUCAGGCGGAAUAUUGCAUACAACGAAUGCCUCCAUUCAAAGGUCCUGGUGGAGCGCCAGGUGCUCUCGAUUAUCGUUCUUUCUCUACUGCUCUCUAUGGCGAAUCUGACCUUUAAACUCCCAUUGGAGAAAAAAAAAGAGAGAGAGAAAUCUUUAUACAAACGACACAUACAUUUUCAUCCCUCGCCAUUGAUUGAGUCGAUAUUUCGAUAUUUUCCAAUAUCGAGUGCAAGAAAGAAAAAAAGUUUAAAGUACUUAAUUGAGAGAGAAAAGAGCCGAGAAAUUCAUCACAACAGACGCAGACAUAGGUGGGAAACAAGAAAAGCCCUUACUACACGCACAAAAUGGUAACAAAUUUUAUUGCCCCUCCAAGGCAACAAAAACAAAAUCAGAAUGCUUAAAAAAUAACGAGGAAAAUUAAUAAUCUUUCGAAUUUAACAAAACUUGAAUAUUUUUUUAUUGCAAGGAGGCAUUCAUCUCAGAACGAAAUUCAUAAUACAAAAAAAAAAGAAUAUCAUAAGAUUAGUGUCUUUUGCAGUACCUACAUGUUUACUAAAGAGACAAUAAUAUUUUUCUAUCUCGUAUAUUACAUAGUCGACAAAAAAAUAAUACGCAAUGCACUUUAAACGUCGAUGAUUUGAAGAGAAAAAAAACAAACAACCAUAUCAAUUAACUUUAUAAUCAAAUCACCAAAAAGCUAAUCAUCAAUUUUUAAUUCUUGAUUUUUUUUUGUCAAUACGAGGGAGAUAUUUUACGGUGAUUAGCUAAAACCAAAUGAAUUGCAAUUUGAUUGAAAAGACUCUCGCGAGUCUUAAUUCUAAAUAUUUAUAUUUAAAAAAUAUUGACUUUGAGAAAAAUUUACAAUUUAUAUCAAAUACGAAUUCCUUUUUAGGAAGCAUUUAUAUUAAUUCUUUUUUUUUUUUAAUUUAUACUCGCGAGUUAUUUUUGAAAUAUUUAUAAAAGAAUAAAAAAAUAAAUUUUAAUUAAAACUGGAAAGAAAAAAAAUGAUCGACUAUCGCCUAUUUUUUAAAGGAGAAUCCAGACGCAAGCUUAAAAUCGAAUAUAUACAUAAUAUUUUUUUAUAAAGGCGGCAAAAAAAAGAAUGAGAGCCGUCAAUGUAUUUUAUAAAUCGUAUAUUGAAAAUACGCGAAACGAUGCUAAACAUACAAAUUAUUUAUUUAUUUGAUUUAUUAUUUAUUAAUAUUACCGAUAUUAAAUUAAACGUAGUCAAUGAGAGAGAAAUGUUCUUUGAAAGUUAUUUAUUUUUAUAAAUAUUUGCUCCGAUGCGAUUGGACUGUUGCGAGGCAAUAGCCAAGCGGAUAUAAAAUUUCGAAAAAAUAAUUUCGAAAAAGAAGGGAAAACUUGGGAAAAAACAGCUGCCAUCGCCUUUACGUGUAGUAAGACACAAUUUAUACAGUCAUAUGUAAAUUAGUUUAUUAAGACAUUCAUCUCCACUUGAAAAAAACAUCGUAUAAUUGAACUUGUGUGAAAUGCAGUAAAAAAAAAAUAAUAAAAAGUACGAAAUAAGUUUUGUUUGGCUUUGAAGCUUAAUGCUUUUUUUUGAGAAUCCGUCUUAACGAAGGUUUGAGACUUUUGUCGUACGAUUUUCUUUUUUUAUAAUAUUUUGCCGAAAAUUCGAUUGGCAGCUAAGAAUCACAUGUUUUAUUUUAGUUUUAUUUUAGAGAAGAUUUUAAUUUAAUUUGAUUUUUUUUUUUUUUUUUAGUAAACAAUUAUUGUACAGUUGUAAGUAAACUUUGGAUGCACACCUUUUUUUUUGCAGAAUAUUAUAAAUGAAAUAAUUUUGAGGAAAAAAGAAUUUAUUAUCGCAGAAGGCAACAACGAAUGAAAGUCUCAAACAGAAUUUUUCAUUUGUUUGUAUUAUUUAAGAGAUUUUUUCUGUACACAAAUAGAAAUGCAUACACCUACAUUCACUCACUUGAACAUACAUACAUAUGUAAAUGUUAUAUAUGAUAAAAUUUUAAUCUAAGUGUCAGUAAAAAUGUAAUGCUAAAUGCUCCUCCUUCGAUAAAGUCGUGUCCCGCAUCGCAUUACAUCGAUCGAAUAUAUUUCUUCUGUCUAUUUUAUUUUCCUGUACUGGUUUAAUAACGAAUAUUAUUGUACAAUGAGGAAACUAAAAAAAAAAAAUAAAAAAAAAGUUCUGCAAAAUUA